UUUGAUCUCCGAUAACCUCGUGUGUUGUUUACAUUAUCGUCACAUACAUCGUCAAGUAAAUUGCUUGAGAGUUUCUUUCUGUAACACUGGUUUUUUUGUGACAAUUGCAAAUUGAAAUGAAGCGGAAAUCCAACGACGGUAAUAGACCCGCCUUCAGGAAGACAAAAACAGAACUGGUAUUCGACCCGGACAAACGAACUGAAUUUCUAACCGGAUUCCAGAAGCGCAAACAGCAUCGGAAAAAGAUUGCUAAAAGUGAAAUUGAGCGCAAGUUGAAAGAGGACACUCGCCGAAUGCGAUCCGAUGCGAAGGAAAACAUGAAAAAAUUGUAUCACUCAUAUAAACCGAUUCCAGAGCUUACGGCGGAUGAUCUCGACGAGGAGCAGGAGUAUGACACCGAGAAUGUAACGGUAAAGGUAGUGGAACUAUCCACCACGGACUUGGCCAAGCAAAACAAUUGGAUCGGCGAGAACAGAGCAGCGGUGCGCGACGAGGAAGAAUCGAAUGAGGAGCCUUCCAGCGGAGAUGAAGAGGAUGAUAUGGAAACAAUUCCAGGUAUGGAGUUGGAUAAUAAUUCUCACAGGAAGAAAUCUAAAGUAACUCAACACGCCCAUGAAGAUGGUGAAACGCAGGAGAAGCAAGCUGGAACGAGUCCCAAGCAAAAACCGCGCGUACCGGUUCUUAAUUUAGACGGAAUACGCUCGAAAAAAGAACUUAACCAUAAACUUAAACGUUAUGCUCUGAAGUCUAUGCAAAAAAGUAAAGCAUUUCAAUUAUCUAUGCGUGCUAAGCAGCAGAAACAGUUGAAAAAGUCCCGUCGGGAUCGACAUUUUAAGGAUAAAAUACUCAAACGUAAAGGAAAAUUGGCAGCUGGUGCCAGCGGAAAGGGCAAAAAACGUGAGAAAAGACGGGAUUAAGCGAUUUAGAAAAUAUAUUGUUGUUUCUGAUGA